AUGUCUUCCGACACUACCCCUCAGAUGCAGCCUCUACCCGGCGCCUGGACUGCAGUCAUCAAUCAGAGGCCAUGGGGAAAGUGUUUGACUCUCCCUUGGUCUUACACGAAUCAACAUUUCAUGGAAUCAAUCAAACAACGCCAAUUUUGGUCCAGCGUUAAUGGCUUUGCGCAGUAUCGAGAAUGGCAGUACGAUGGCGCCUUGUUUGUGGCUCGGACUAGUCAUGUUUGCGGUGAUCCGCGAUUAUACCGACCUCAUGAAAUGGCCUAUCCCCGCGGCUUGAGAUAUGAUGAUAUCCGAUGGCUGUUCAAUUCCUUCCGGGAGCCGAUACCACUGUGGGUCACUGAUGUGUAUUUUGCGAGGACAAGAGAAUACAUUGAUAGCGUGCCAUAUGAUGACAAAAGAAGACCUGAAGGAUGGAAGCGAAAGUCCGGAAAUACCUGUGACAGAGAUCUCCGACAAGUCGGUCGCCUCGUCGGGCGGGGGUUUGAGGGAUGCUACAAGUGGUACCGUGGACUGCAAAGCGAAUCUGGUGUCGCUACCUGGAACAUCGCAGGAGGUCCCGGAUUUGUCAAAGCAGUCAUUUAA